CUAAAGGAACGUCGUGUGGUGAGCAGCUGCAGCCAGCUGCGGACGGAGGAGGAAAGGAUAGUUCUGUCAUUUUGAGGUCGAGUACUACCUUCUACACCGUGGUGUAGUUUAGCAGAAAAUAACAAUGGAAAUAGAAGGAAAUGUAAUAAUUCCGGACUUGGAAAAUGGUGAAAGCAGCGACGAAGAACAGGAAGAAGUGUCGCAGGACUUGGAGAAAGUGAAGAGUUUGAAGAUGAAACCUCUCAUUAUUGCUGGCCCAACAGUAAGACCCAGGGAAUUUUUGAACACUUUUGGCGACGUCUUGGACUUGUUCUGGUUGAAAGCCAGAGACCUCCAGAGCAGGCGUGGAGUGAUCAUUGAAUUACUGCCUCAUUUUGCUUGUGGGGCAAUCGAGAAUAAUGACCUCUUCUCACUUCAGGAGAUUGUGGGAAAGAUGGAUGUCAAUGGCGGCGACUAUGAUGAUGUCAAGGCCAUGCACAAGGCUGUAGAGACGGGCAACAUAGACAUGGUGAAGUACCUGAUGAAGAAGGGAUCGUCUUGGCAAUUACAAAACCGAUUUGCGGAGAACCCCUUGUUGAUUGCUAUUCAGAAAAGGCACUACAGUCUCAUCAAGCUCCUGGUGCUGAAUAAAGGGGCCCUCAGAAUGGCACCUGUGAGAACGGCAAUGCUCAUUCAGAAAGCUGUGGCCAAAAGGGAUUUCUCCUUACUGUACGCCUGGUCCCUCAGUGGAUAUGAUAUGGACUUAAAGGACUACAAUGGCCGCACGGCCAUGCACGUCGCCGUGCGAAUGCGUGACAAGCAGCUUGUGCAGAUUUUGCUGGACUAUGGUGCCACUCCUUUGGAAAGGGAUGUCUGGAACCAGACCCCAUUGGACGAGGCUCGCAGGAACAACCUGGAAGCAAUCUUGGCACUCUUUCACCCACAGUUCACCGUCCAGUUUCCCAACAAACAAGCAUACCUGCAACAUAAACAGCUAGAAUCAUAGCUGAGACCUGAAGGCAUGUAGCUGUCAAACCGCCGUGAAAGUAGAUGCUAGAUAGAUAGAUGUUUGUAAAUAGAUGAUUCAGUCAUGUUUCUGAAUAAAGAACCAAAGUGUUAAUUAAAUUAUCAAUACAAUUCUUAUAUUUACAAUAAACUUGAUUUGUCCUACAAUACA